AUGAACCCUCCUUCCAAAUACAAUUACCAUCAAGCCAACUGUAGUAGCAGACGCAGAAGCGCUACUCGCAACCGCCAAGAUCAGCAUGGCGAUACACCAAGUCCAAGCGCUAUGAUGAACCGCGACUUUCCCGGCACUGCGCCGUUGGUUCUGAGGUCAUCGCCGUUUCGUCCCCUCAGUGAAUGUACACCACAAGAACGAAUGAUUCGGCUAAAGGCCGUCACGCAAGCUGCUCUCGCAAUUGUCAAUCUCCCACUUCGUUAUGAUGAGGACACGCCGAAUGGUUCUUCUCAGUAA